AUGGCUCUCGCGCCCGACGAUGACGAGGAGGAUUUCCCGGGUGGAAAUGGGGGACAAAUCAGUGCAGAAUUGGGGAGGAAUAGGGUUGGAUCCCUGUAUUGUGGUGAUAUUAGAGCAAUAACGGGUUGUUGGUCCACCAAGGCGGACUCUUCGGAGCGCGACUUAAGGGCCAUCAAGGUACUGCUCCAGAACAUUGAUCUUAAUCUGAAGAACAUUGCAAAGGGGCAACAAGAGCAAGAGGCCCCCAAACCAGAUGCGAGAUGCUGGAAGGAUAUCCUUGACGAUAUAAUCAGAAAAAUCAAUACCCUGAUUUCGCAGCCCGGAGUCUGGAAGGAAUUUCACACUCUCCUCAUCUCCAUCUUCUCAGGCUUGACUCUCCUCGCUGAAAUGUUUGGGGAUCCAGCUCAUAAUUUCCAUUGCCCCUUCUCUGGUUGCAGUGAGGUGGUCUACAUCUUCGAUCUAUCUCCCAAGGAUGAAAAUGACACUGGUGGCAGCUCUAACAUGGACUGCAAGGAUAAGGGUGCAAGCCUUGCGAGGUGGGAGUCGGAGCUGCACAGUCUGCUCCCCAUGAUUGGUGAGCUUGCUGAUGCCUUACCUACUAAAGCCAAGGAGAGUGAAGCUGCUCGUGCAAGCGAAAUGACUCGAUCACUCCGUUAA